AUGAGCGAAAAAGAGCAAAAACAGUGGUACGUGAUCCGUGCCAUCGGAGGUAAGGAAAAAAAGGUGAAGGAAUACAUCGAGACGGAAGUCCAGAAUUCUCACCUCGAAGACUAUAUCUCCCAGGUUCUGAUUCCGACUGAGAAAGUUUACCAGAUCAAAAACGGUAAAAAGAUCAGCCGGGAAAAGGUCUCUUAUCCGGGCUAUGUAUUGGUCGAGGCCGCUCUCGUGGGCGAAAUCCCGUUUAUGCUUCGCAACACUCCCAACGUCUUAGGCUUCCUCGGAGACACGAAGGCUUCUUCCAUGGUGGCAACCCCUCUCCGCCCUCAGGAAGUGAGCCGGAUUUUAGGACGUGUCGACGAACUGAGCGUCAGCGAGGAGGAAAACGAAGUUCCUUUCUUCGAAGGAGAAACCGUCAAGGUUACCGAUGGCCCAUUCUCAGCUUUUCGGAUCAAAGGUGGUGCCGCCAAUCCUUCGCCUCCGGUAGGGCCCGCUCUGGGUUCGAAAGGAGUGAACAUCAUGGACUUCUGUAAACAGUUCAAUGCGAGGACCCAGGACAAGGCAGGCAAGGUACUUCCUGUCAUUAUCACCGUUUAUGGCGAUAAGUCGUUCGACUUUAUCAUUAAGCAGCCGCCGGUAGCCGUACAGCUCAAGGAAGCCGCAAAGCUUCAGUCGGGUUCCGCCGAGCCGAACCGUAAAAAGGCGUACAAGCUCAGCGAGGCGGCAGCUCUUCUAAAGGAGAUUACCUUUACGAAAUUCGAUGCUUCCGUGGAUUUGGACGUGCGACUUGGUGUUGAUCCCGAGACCGAAGCGACCGAGGCAGGCGCCGAUUACGUAGGUUUGGACGAAUACAUCGAGAAGAUCAAAGGCGGUUGGACCGAUGUGGACGUGAUCAUCACAACUCCUAAUGUAAUGGCGAAGGUGGACGGGUACCGUUACGAUGGAAGUCGGAAGGCGGUAAAAGAGGUGAAAGCCGGUAAGAUCGACUUCAAAGUCGACAAAUUCGGUAUCGUUCACUCUUCGAUCGGCAAGAUCGCGUUCUCUGCGGAACAGAUCGUCGACAAUGCCAACGAGUUCAUGAAUGUAAUCAUGAAAUUGAAACCGGCUACGGCUAAAGAGCAGACCGCUGCUUUGAGAAAGCUUUGUUUCGAAAAGGAAGUGAAGCUGGUGGUUGCGAAGAAUACGUUGUUUAUCAAGGCUCUCGAACAGACCGGGAAGAUUAACGAGGAGGUGCUCCCUUCGCUGAAAGGCGAAACGGCGAUCAUGUUCGCCAACGUGGGUAAGAGUCCUGCCAAGUUGAUCAAGGAGUUCCGCAAGGCGAAUCCGAAACCGGUUCUGAAAGCUGCAUGCGUGGAAGAUUGCAUCUAUCUGGGCGAUGCCGCCGUAGAGGAACUGGUUAACAUCAAGUCGCGCGAAGAGCUUAUUGGUGACAUCAUCGGACUGUUGCAGUCUCCCGCGAAGAACGUUAUCUCCGCACUGCAGGGUUCUGCCGGACAAAAAAUCGCAGGGUUGGUUAAAACCCUCGAAGCAAGGGAUAAUAUUUCCGGACGGUUUGCCGGAGGGCGUUAUCGAAAAUCCGCCUGA